AUGACGAUCAUCCAGGAAACAACCAUUACUCCUGGCGUGUCCUAUCUGCAGAUUUGGGGAAGCGAUCUCCCAUUCAUCUUCGAGUUCAAUCUCGUCAGCGCCCACGAGCUCGGCCCCGACCGUCUCCGUCUUCGCCAAGACGCUCUCCGUCUCACCUCCGUCGAUAGCCACCUCCCGUCCUGGGAGGUCCCCGAUAGCGAGAGCGACGAGGAGUCCGUCUCCGAGAUGCUAGGACGCAGGGCGAUCGAGGAGGUCAAUGAGUGA